AUCACCCUUGAUGAAUGAACCAGUAUCAGAAACAGACGCUAUUUCAACAUAAACUUACACGGCGAUCGUGGAAAAGUUUAUAAUCUCGGUCUAACAUACAUACCGGGAAAAUGCGGAGCUCCAGAGAUAAGAAGAAUUGUUGAUACUGUUUUAUUAGAUUUCGGUAUUAACUUUGAGAGGGAUAUCGUAGCUGUGACAAGCGAUGGUCCUAAUGUGAUGAAAAAGUUCGGCCGUGAGAGUCCAGCUGAAAUGGUGCUUUGUAUGAACCAUGCAAUCCAUUUGGCUGUCACAGAUGUUCUUUACUGUGAAAAGACAAGUGAAACAGAAAGUGAAGAAUCCGACUCAGACUUAUAUGAUUCUUAUGAAGACUUUGCGCAGUCGGAGAAUAGAAACCGUGAUAUCCGACCAGAUCUGAACAAAGUGCUUAAAGAAACACGCAUCAUAGUAAAUUUAUUUCGCAGAAGUCCAUUGAAAAACGCCAAACUUCAAGAAUAUGUGAAAUUGGAACACAAUACGGAAAAAACACUAUGCCGAGACGUAAAAACCAGAUGGAAUAGCAUUGAAACAAUGAUAAGCCGCUUCAUCGAAGUAAAGAACUGCAUUAAAAAGGCUUUGAUCGACAUAAAUUACGGACACUUAUGGCACGAGGAGAAUUUGGCCGUUUUAGAAGAUUUGGUGAAAAUUAUGAAUCCUAUAAAACUGGCAGUUGAAGCAUUGAGCAGCCAAAAAGCCAAUAUAACAGUCUGCGAAGCCGUUAUAACGGCACUUAUAGGAAGGCUCUCAAAGAUGAAUACUCCUCUGGCUGUGGAAUUUUCAGACCAUUUAAUAAGACGAAUAAGUGAAAGAAGGGACCCUGCUCUCUACACGCUAACACUUUUCCUCCAAAACCCUAUAAUUCAGGGCAAUGAAUACAUCACAGAGAGUUCUGUAACAAAGGAAUCUAUGAUACAAUAUGCUGACAAGCUAUUCCGGCGAUUGUUUCCUCAACAGACAGAUUCAGAAUCCAGCACGGAAGAAACUCUACAGGUCAUAGCUCAGAGGACUAGAGAGACUAGUUUCGCUGUGCAGCUUCAAGAAGCAAUUGAAAACGCCUUCAAGGGAUGCCCACCACCCAGAAUUGGUGUUGUAAUGCUGAAAAAAGAUUUCGACAUAUAUUCAGCAUCUGGAAAACGGACCCCAAAUUUGGAAAUGCUGCACAAUGCCCUACAAAGCAUCAUGUCUACAUCGACUGAAGCUGAACGGACAUUUUCCGUGUCCGGGAAUUUCGCCACCAAAAUAAGAAGUAGGUUAAGCGAUAAAUCGUUAAAUGCCCUAGUUUUUCUUAAACAUUACCUCAAGCGUAAUUAAUUUUGUAUUUUAAUUAUGUCAUAGUAAUAUUAAUUUGAAACUGUUUAUUAUAAUACCUUUGUUAUUGUUUAAAUUAUAAUUAAGAAAAACAAAUGAUUUUGCAUGUUAAACAAAUCAUUAUAAUUUUGGUUGUUAAUUUAUCUGACUGUUGUUUUUUCUAGCUAUUAUGUGUAAUAAAAGUAUAUUUGAUUUAAUUGCAAGUGUUUUAAUUGACCUUUAAUACCCAAAAAUAGCAAAAACAAGCAUUUGAAAUAAAUUCCCGUUUCCCGGGAAUUCCCGGGAAAUCUAGAAAAAAUUUCCCGUUUCCCGGGAACAGAAAAAGGUCGGGAAAAACGAAACCCUAGUCCCAAUGUAAUAGGGGGCGGGCCU